AAAAUCAUUACACAAGAUUAUUUGCCAUUACAUGAACAGAAAACGUUUGCCAGUUUGCUAACAUACAUUUCUAAAGGAUUUCAAAAGGGAUGUCCAGUCGAGGUUGUGCGGGUCCCCGGAGGAAGCGGGACAUCGAGGAGCAUCAGAAGGAGAGAAGGCGGGCUCUGCAGGCCCGACACCGAGCCAACCUAGCCACCUUGUUCGAGACACUCAAAACCGUCGUCUGUCCCACAUCCUACAAGAUGCCUGCUAAGUGGAAGAUCUUGGACCAUGCCAAAGGAUUUCUCAAAGAGCAGGAAGCCUACCUGAGCAGACUGCUGUCACUGAAAGGGAUAUUCCUCGGCAAUGAAGAUGGGCCGUGCAGCUUGGAUGAAGUCAGGGCAGAGUACCGGAGGCUGCAGUCACACAGCAGCUCCCUGCGCUCCAGAAGACCUGGCGGUCACAGACGUCAUGGCGGGGCUGACGGAGAGGACCUGAUUGAGACCAGCGAGGAAGACUCUGUGGAGGAGACUCGGGAUGACUCCGCCCCCUCUCAGACGUCCGUCAACUCUCGAACCAACAUCCUGGAGUUUGAAGGGUACUUGUUGUUCUACAGACAGACAUUAGAGAAGUUGAUCUGUAGUGGUGUGCUGAGCCCGGGACAGACUGGGCUGUCUGUAGUAUCUGAAUCUAUCUCAGGCCUGUGGGAUAGCUUCUCUCCAGAGCGCCGGGCAGCCUACCAGACCUGUCCCCCACAGCAGAGCACCCUGGGCUGGGAAGGGCCGGCGGAGGGACCCCCUGAUCCUGGUCCUGACACCCACCUUCACCUCACGCUCCACCCCUCCACUCAGGCAGACAGUCAGGGAGCCUGGUCUCCUUCCUAUGAAGAGGACCUGCUUCAGGAUGCCUACGAUGUGGUGAAGAAAGAGAUGGACUCUGCUUCAGAGGACAGUCCUGUCCUGGCCCCUCCUGUUCAUGAAUUACCAUCCGCUGCUCUGUGUGUCUCCAGUCCUGUCCUGGCCCCUCCUGUUCAUGAAUUACCAUCCGCUGCUCUGUGUGUCUCCAGUCCUGUCCUGGCCCCUCCUGUUCAUGAAUUACCAUCCGCUGCUCUGUGUGUCUCCAGUCCUGUCCUGGCCCCUCCUGUUCAUGAAUUACCAUCCGCUGCUCUGUGUGUCUCCAGUCCUGUCCUGGCCCCUCCUGUUCAUGAAUUACCAUCCGCUGCUCUGUGUGUCUCCAGUCCUGUCCUGGCCCCUCCUGUUCAUGAAUUACCAUCCGCUGCUAUGUGUGUCUCCAGUCCUGUCCUGGCCCCUCCUGUUCAUGAAUUACCAUCCGCUGCUCUGUGUGUCUCCAGUCCUGUCCUGGCCCCUCCUGUUCAUGAAUUACCAUCCGCUGCUCUGUGUGUCUCCAGUCCUGUCCUGGCCCCUCCUGUUCAUGAAUUACCAUCCGCUGCUCUGUGUGUCUCCAGUCCUGUCCUGGCCCCUCCUGUUCAUGAAUUACCAUCCGCUGCUCUGUGUGUCUCCAGUCCUGUCCUGGCCCCUCCUGUUCAUGAAUUACCAUCCGCUGCUCUGUGUGUCUCCAGUCCUGUCCUGGCCCCUCCUCGGUGUGAUGACUUUGAGAAGCUCCGGGAGGUCUAUAAGAACAUCAUGUGUUUCCUCAAGACUCAGAUGGUGGAGAAACCAGAACAAAACCAGGACCUGUGUCUGUCUGCUACGAGGGACUAUGAGGAGAUCUUCCUCCAAUGCUCAGAGUCCUUCGACAGUGAGGAGAUGUGAACCACAGGGGGCUGCUGAGGGGAGGACGGCUCAUUAUAAUGGCUGGAACGGAGCGAAUGGAAUCGCCAUGGAAACCAUGUGUGACGUAUUCGAUACCAUUCCACUGAUUCCGCUCCAGUCAUUACCAGGAAGCCUGUUCUCUACAAUUAAGCUGCCACCAGCCUCCAGUGAUGUGAACACCUAUUUGAUGUGCGAAAGUGUUUGUUCGUUGUGAAAUGAAAGACAAAUUUGUGUUACUUAUUAUGACUUGUUAAGUGAUCACCUUUUGUGAUUGUUUUUAUAAAAUGUUCAGCUUUUUAUUGUUACAGGCUUUCUACCUGUUAAUUAUUAUAGACAUUUUUUAUACUCUGACAUUCAUGUUCAGUUUUUUUUAUAUGAUGUUUUUUACUCAGGUUAGGCAAAUAAUAAUUCACAAGUUUGUGUUUGAUGUGUUUUCAUUGUUCAGCCUUUUUAAGCAUUUUUAAGAAUCACCAUUUCUCCAGCCAGUCUCUAUAUGUGUAUUAAACCCUGCCCCAGAGAGAGUUUUGAUAGCGAGGGAUGGUGGUUUCACAGUCUCCAGCAGCGGUUCCCAAACUAGGGGUCGCGACCCCAUGUGGGGAAGCCUGAUAUGAAAAUGGGGUCGUGGAAGAAUUUCCGAAAUCCUGAAAAAAAUAAAGAAAAAUAAACAGAUUUUUUAAAAUAA